CUCUCUCUCUCUCUCCUUCUCUCUCCCUCCCUCCAUACGCUCAAACACUCUCACUCCCUCACCCACAUGUUCCUGCUCACACUCUCCCUCUCCUCGGUGUCUCCUCUCUGGAGUGAAGGGACCACAGGAGGUGAUUCCAGUCUCUUCAUUUCUCCAUCAUCAUCGCUGCUGUUUGGACGCAGGAUUUGGAGAAACGCUGCUGCUGCUGCUGCUGCUGCUGCUGCUGCUGCUGCUGGAGUCGGCAGGGGAGAGGAGAAGGAGUAGAGAGGAAGAGAGGAGGGGAGCAAGGCGGGACAGCAGGGUGGAGGCAGAUCUUCACUCCAUCUGAUCUGACAUGGCCACUGCAUAGGAAUCUGGUUCCACCACAACAGCAGCUCACUGAGCAACAAGGUACUGAGGUCAAGAAGACAGAGAGUUGGACGGAGGGGACGCAGGCAGACGCAGGAUGUCGGGGGACGAGAAGCCGACGGUGAAGAGCAGCAGCUCCAUCGUCCCGUGUUUCCUGUUUGUUGAGCUGGUGAUCAUGGCUGGGACGGUGCUGCUGGCUUACUACUUUGAGUACACGGACACCUUCCCCGUCCACGUCCAGGGUUUCUUCUGCUACGACAAGACCUUCUCCAAGCCCUACCCUGGUCCAGAGCAGAGCAGCAGGAUCCCUCCGGUCCUCGUCUACUCACUGGUCACAGCCGUCCCUACUCUGACGAUCCUGGUUGGAGAGCUGUGUGUCUUCUUCACGAAGGCAGGGGGCGCUCAGGAGAAGACCAUCGUCACUGCAGACUGCUGCUACUUCAACCCACUGCUGAGGCGCGUCGUACGUUUCCUGGGCGUCUACAUCUUUGGUCUGUUCACCACCACCAUCUUUGCCAACGCUGGCCAGGUGGUGACAGGAAACCAGACGCCCCACUUCCUGUCAGCCUGCCGUCCAAACUACACGGCGUUGGGCUGCAAGUCCCCUCUGCAGUACAUCACAGAGCGCCGGGCUUGCACCGGCAACCCCCUGGUGGUCAUGUCUGCACGGAGAUCUUUCCCUUCGAAGGACUCAGCGCUCAGUGUGUACUCUGCCGUGUACACCGUGAUGUAUGUGACACUGGUGUUCAGGACCAAAGGCACGCGACUCACCAAGCCCACCAUCAGCUUCGUCCUGCUGUGUCUGGCCGUGCUGGUGGGCGUGGUCAGGGUGGCCGAGUACCGCAACCACUGGGCCGACGUCCUGGCCGGGUUCUUCACGGGGGGGGGCAUCGCCGUGUUCCUGGUCACCUGUGUGAUCAACAACUUCCAGCAGCUGCGCUCCACUCUGACCCCACAGCGCCCCCAGCGGCCUGAGUCGGUGCUGGGCAUGCCCAUGGUGACCCUCCCCUGUGUGGAGAGUCCACUCGAAAAGUUAAGUGGUCCUCAGGUAAGGGUGUACGGGGGAGACGGGGGAGACAGGGAGAGUCACAGAUACCUACCCCCCCCCCACACACACACACACUUUGAGAGAACCUCCAGGUGAUGACUGUCAAAUGGCUACAGUCGCCCCCUGCUGGCGUAAAUAAUAAUUAUAACAGGGUUAUUGAUGUUGGAUGGGAGGACUGAUACAGGCAGGGGGCGCUGUGAGGACAGAAGGGUGUAUGUGUUAUUUCUUGUACACUUAAAUUAAUCAGAAACUAGUUUGGUGCCACCCAGUGGAGAGAACGGGUACUUGACUUCCAGCUGGUUCAGUUCCUGCUCCCUCUGUCCUGACUCUGUCUGUUCUCCUCCAUGGACGCUACAGUUUCUACAUGAAACUUUUUGACCCGUCCUUGUGUGACAUCAUCGUCGUCAUGUCGACUCACUAACCAAUCAGCAGUGACUCGCUGCAGUCAAACUCUGAUUUCUGCUGAAUCAGAGACAAAAGUCUUGUUAGUGUGUUUUUUUAAAGACGUGCGGUGACGGAGCAGCUCCCGU